GAGCGAUGGAUCGACCUAGAAAGUAUAACAACAAGUGAAAGUUGGAAUGGAAUGGAAUGGAUGGAUGAAUACCAUGGAUGGAUAAUAUGGAUAAAUACCUUGGAAGGGAUGAUAUGGAUGGAUGAGUCGUUUAAUUGUUUAUAUUAAAUUUUUUUGUACCUUUUACUUUUUAGAUCUUGUGGUAAAUAUUAGUAUCUAGUAUCUCUGGCUGUGUUUGUUAUUAUUUCAGAGUGAGAUGUUGUUUACUUCAGCCAGGAAGUUGUUGAUUUCCACUGCAGGUUCCUUGGAGCGUCCUACUCAAGAUUACAUUAUAUGAUACAUACUGUAUGACGGGGGGCGCAAGUAUGAAAAAUAUAUGCACUCACUAACUGUAAGUGGCUCUGGAUAAGAGUGUCUGCUAAAUGAUUAACAUGUAAAUGUAUGAUGGCUCGUUAAUAAUCUGAAUCUACUGCAUGCCGCCGUGGAGACCCUGAUUUCUGUGCGGACAUUUCUGGCGUGCCUGGUAACCCGGCCAGCCAGAGGGUCUUUUCUCAUUAAUAGCUGAUGUAAAGGACCAUUAUCCAGAACCAGGGGGGGGGCUGAAACUGGAGACGGGGAGCUGUUGGUUACCUGAGCCCCAGAGAGAUGACUCUCCGUGGGCCAUCUGCCCACCCUGGGGCCCGUAGGGGCCAGGCUCCGGGCUGGAGGAGAUCAGGGGAACAGUCCGACUGGGACGGACUCAUGUCUGAAGCGGAGGUGGUUCCCCGACAUACCGGUCUUACGGGGCGUAACCCUCCUCGGCCACAGAGCGCGAAUCUAGACGGGUGUUUGCAGGAGUUGGAGAGGGUGCAGAGUCAGACUUAUUUUAAAGGAGGAAGCCCAGUUAGCAGUCCUGGCCAAGUGCCCAAUGUAGAGCUGGUGCCUCCAUCUCCACCUCGACUUACCCCUGCUCGUGCCCCUCGGCCGCAGAGCGCCAUCGAGGGAAGACGUCAGAUGAAUGAGUGGCUGCAUGAGUUGGAGAGGAUGCAGAGUGGGGACUAUUUUGGAGGAAGCCCCACUGGCAGCCCAGAGGUUGAGCCCCGUCAGACGGUUCAUUUGGGUCGUACCCCUCGCCCGCAGAGCGCCAUCGAGGGAGGUAGCCAGAAUCUAGACAGAUGGUUACGGGAGCUGGAGAGGAUGGAGAACGGGAGAUAUUUCGGAAACCCUGACCGAGUGCAGAGAGAUCAAGCGCAGGCCCCUUUCUACGACAGGACAGCGUCGAUGCCAACCCUUCACAAGGAACCUGUUGGUUCUGGCCUGCGCCACCACUACCAGGGCCUCCCCUCGUCCUCCUCUCUCUGCAGCCGGGAUAGGGACCUCUCCCCCUGUGGGACCCCCAGCCUGUGUGACAGUUCCCUGGGCAGCCAGGAGUCCCUCAGGGCAGGAUUGUCCUCCUCCCCGGACCACAGGGGUAGCUGGGAGAGGGCUAUAAUCAAGCAGGCUCCAGGGAACGAGCAGGCUAAACUCAGCUCUCUGACUCCGGUGAGAGUGGGCUGGCUGCCCAUCCAGAGAAGGGCCCUGUUGAGGGAUGCUCCAGCCCCUGGACCUGGACAUCCACACCUUCAGGUCAAUCCAGCCAGCCAGGUGAGACUAAAACCUGCCAUUACCCCUACCUUCCUGAAGAAUCCUGUCAAGGGCAACGGCAUCACACCUGUGGAGGGAGACGUGGAGAAAGUGGAGAGGUGUCAACCCAGCAUUAACACUGUGGGUCUCAGAACGAGGUGGCUUCCUGUCCAGGAUCCUCCUCCCUGUACUCAACACCAGGUCUCAGGCAAGGAAAGCUCAGUCCCAAGGGAGAGGGACAACAGGUCUUUAGGUUGGCCGGAUCUGAGGAGAUGUUGGGCUAACAGGACACUGCCACACCUCAGUGGUAGUGGGACUCCUACCCAGUCGAACAACCCCCUCCCUGGGGCUAACACUAACUCAGAGCCUGGCAGGAAGAGCCCUCUACACAGGACAACCAGCACCAACCAACAGCCUUCGCACAUUAAGGUUACACCCUAUGGGACACGCUCACAGUCUCCUGACAUCCAAACUGGGGACGACUCAGACUCAGGACCCUGCUGGAGAUAUUCUCUAAGCAGGACCAACAGCUUCCAAAUCACUUCUACCAUGACGAUCAGGCCAACAGUCCAAGAGAAUCCUUCACAAUCUGAGGUAACCCCCUCUGGAACUAACUCUGCAGCACCUUACAGGAGCAACAGCCCUCUGUAUAGGACAAACAGCGUCCAACAGAGACCCUCACACGCUGAGGUAACUCCUCAUAGAACCAGCUCGGAGACUUACAGAGCAACCUCUCUACACAAAAGAACAAGUAGUCUUCCACAGCCUUCUCCUGCCGGGGUAGUAUCACCCCCAGCCUCUGGGAGCACUACAGGUCCAACCACCGUCCUGAAGACAACUACACCAGUCUUCCCCUCCAUCACCAUCACCUCCAAGAAGAUCUCCAGGACGGCAAGCCUCCCUGGAUCUAGAGCCCCCAGCCCCCAGACAUACCACUCUGAUGAGACCAGGGUCCCAGGCUAUAAAACCCCCAGCCCCCAGAGCUACCACUCUGACGAGACCAGGGUCCCAGGCUAUAAAACCCCCAGCCCCCAGAGCUACCACUCUGACGAGACCAGGGUCCCAGGCUAUAAAACCACCAGCCCCCAGAGCUACCACUCUGACGAGACCAGGGUCCCAGGCUAUAAAGCCCCCAGGCCCCAGAGCUACCACUCUGACGAGGCCAGGGUCCCAGGCUAUAAAGCCCCCAGCCCCCAGAGCUACCACACAAACCAGGCCAGAGUCUCCACCACCUGCACCUCUGUCACCCAGCAGGACCAGGACCAUCACCACCACCCCGCCGGCACCGACCCCAGCUCCACCCCUGUCACCCUCAGGAGAAAGGCCACCGCCACCACGGUCAAAGUGACCGAGCACAGAAGGAUGAACUCUGAACCUGUCAACCGACUGAACGGAAGGCAGAGCCAUGUUUCAUCUGUGUCAGGUGACCAACCGAAUGAUCAGGGCACAGUGGUUCGCAGGAGAAAAGCCACCGUCAUAAAAGUGACAGAGCACAGAGAGAGCUACUGCCCAGGUCGGGGCGCUAAUGGUGGGAGCAGCAGCGGUAGGCCUUCAGAGUACAGACACAGCUACACAGAGGGAGUGUACAGACAGAACUCCCUGUGGCAACAAGGAGCCAUGAAUUCACCCACGAACUCUAUGGAGUCACUCCAAAGUACCACUUCUACACCCUCCCAGUGCCCUCUAGAAUCAUCUAUGGACAGGAUAGACUGGCCCAACUCUGCUCUGUUCCUAACUCCAAACAAGCCCACCUCAACCACUACGGUUGCCCUUAGGGAUCCAGAGGGAAGCGGAGGUGGAGGGAAGCCAAUACAGAAGUCUACCCUGAUGCUGUUCAUCAACCCCCCAUCUCCCUCUUUCAAACAGACGUCCAUAGAAAAGGUUGGUGGAGAGAGAUGGACUCGGGAUAGACCAGUGAGCUGCUAUGCUAAUGUGUUUGGCCACACUGAUCCAACAGAGCCAUGCCUGGUCCCAGAGACCGUUACUGUUACACAAGCUGGACCCAGGCAUUGGAGCCCAGAGACUGUUACUGUUACACAAGCUGGACCCAGGCAUUGGAGCCCAGAGACCGUUACUGUUACACAACCUGGACCCAGGCAUUGGAGCACAGAGACCGUUACUGUUACACAAGCUGGACCCAGGCAUUGGAGCCCAGAGACCGUUACUGUUACACAAGCUGGACCCAGGCAUUGGAGCCCAGAGACCGUUACUGUUACACAAGCUGGACCCAGGCAUUGGAGCCCAGAGACCGUUACUGUUACACAAGCUGGACCCAGGAAUUGGAGCCCAGAGACCGUUACUGUUACACAAGCUGGACCCAGGCAUUGGAGCCCAGAGACCGUUACUGUUACACAAGCUGGACCCAGGCAUUGGAGCCCAGAGACCGUUACUGUUACACAAGCUGGACCCAGGCAUUGGAGCCCAGAGACCGUUACUGUUACACAAGCUGGACCCAGGCAUUGGAGCCCAGAGACCGUUACUGUUACACAAGCUGGACCCAGGCAUUGGAGCAUGGGGCUUCUUAACCAGACCCAGAAUACUAAUAUUGACCCAGCGAGGGACUGGGCGAAGGACACUGCUGCCAGCAACAGUAGAUUAAACACUGGAUCAUCUAGCUCUUCCAUCAGUGCUGGACCAGCAUGCAGGGACAGGGAGACGUGUCCCCCAGAGGCAGAGUCCUCCAGACCAGAGGGAAGUGGGACUGAGAGAGAGGGAGAUCUACCACCACAUCCUCACCAGGCAGACGUCAGGAGCAGCGAACCCCAACCCUCUGCUUUCACUCUCAUCAAGCCCCAAGAGCCCACAUCCCAUCAGCGGUCUCCGGAGGAGGUCCUAGCCCUCAACGCUGCCGCCAUCAUAGCCAAUAUCAAACUCCAGAGACAACGGAGCCUGAAGAAGACAACACAUGACCUUUCUACACGGGACUCAAGGUCAUCCACGUCACCCGAGGGAAAAACACUGGUGAAGGAUGCUGGUGGUUGUGUGAGGCCCAGGACUGAUGACAACAGUGUCAGACUAGACCCUGUUGAGACCACCAGAACCACACAUCCCAGGACUGAUGACAACAGUGUCAGACUAGACCCUGUUGAGACCACCAGAACCACACAUCCCAGGACUGAUGACAACAGACUAGACCCUGUUGAGACCACCAGAACCACACAUCCCAGGACUGAUGACAACAGACUAGACCCUGUUGAGACCACCAGAACCGCACAUCCCAGGACUGAUGACAACAGUGUCAGACUAGACCCUGUUGAGACCACCAGAACCACACAUCCCAGGACUGAUGACAACAGUGUCAGACUAGACCCUGUUGAGACCACCAGAACCACACAUCCCAGGACUGAUGACAACAGUGUCAGACUAGACCCUGUUGAGACCACCAGAACCACACAUCCCAGGACUGAUGACAACAGUGUCAGACUAGACCCUGUUGAGACCACCAGAACCACACAUCCCAGGACUGAUGACAACAGUGUCAGACUAGACCCUGUUGAGACCACCAGAACCACACAUCCCAGGACUGAUGACAACAGUGUCAGACUAGACCCUGUUGAGACCACCAGAACCACACAUCCCAGGACUGAUGACAACAGUGUCAGACUAGACCCUGUUGAGACCACCAGAACCACACAUCCCAGGACUGAUGACAACAGUGUCAGACUAGACCCUGUUGAGACCACCAGAACCACACAUCCCAGGACUGAUGACAACAGUGUCAGACUAGACCCUGUUGAGACCACCAGAACCACACAUCCCAGGACUGAUGACAACAGUGUCAGACUAGACCCUGUUGAGACCACCAGAACCACACAUCCCAGGACUGAUGACAACAGUGUCAGACUAGACCCUGUUGAGACCACCAGAACCACACAUCCCAGGACUGAUGACAACAGUGUCAGACUAGACCCUGUUGAGACCACCAGAACCACACAUCCCAGGACUGAUGACAACAGUGUCAGACUAGACCCUGUUGAGACCACCAGAACCACACAUCCCAGGACUGAUGACAACAGUGUCAGACUAGACCCUGUUGAGACCACCAGAACCAUACAUCCCACAACCCAGACUUAUGUUGGGUUUAUUCCCCUGAAUCCUGAUUCUGACCCAGAAACUAGCAAAGCCAACAUUCCUUCACCCAGGGAGGCUCUGGAGCGAUCCAGACCAGACUUCAUCAGUCGCUCUCAGGGCAGACUGAGAGAGAUGGAGAGGCGGGCGGAAGAGAGGAGGGAGGAGAGGUACUCUGACCACCAGCCAGAUGAGAUGAUGCUGAGGCACCAUAGAAGAGGACACAGCACCAGAGCUAGCCCUCUGAGUGAAACUGUUAGAACAAACCCUUCAAAGAGGCAGCCACUGAGUGAAGCUAAGGAUGGAUGGUCCGACCAUAAGCAACUGAGGGUCCGUGACAGAGACAAGAGGACCCUGCCAUCAUUCAGAGUUUCCAUCAGAACAUGAUCUGGAGACUGAUCUGGAGACUGAUCUGGAGACUGAUCCGGAGACUGAUCUGGAGACUGAUCUGGAGACUGAUCCGGAGACUGAUCUGGAGACUGAUCCGGAGACUGAUCUGGAGACUGAUCCGGAGACUGAUCUGGAGACUGAUCUGGAGACUUAUCUGAUCCGGAGACUGAUCCGGAGACUGAUCUGAGACUGAUCCGGAGACUGAUCCGGAGACUGAUCUGGAGACUGAUCUGGAGACUGAUCCGGAGACUUACCGUCUACUUGUGUAUCUACAUGCAUGUCUUGUUGUGUGUGUGGGUGGGUGACUAAUAACUGUUCCAUUUAAAGGUUAAAUAUAUACAUCAUACUCCUCUCAACCUGUUUAUAUUACACCAGCCCCAUAAAUGACCACGCUAGCCGUGUGAUGUCUUCUCACAGCCACAUGUCUUUGCCUAGCCGCAGGGUGCUGGUCGAUAGUAGUGCACUACGUAGGGAAUAGGGUGCCAUUUGGGACCCAGCCUGUGUUUUGAUAAUAUAAUCAUACAUGUUCAGCUGCUUCUCCACAAAUCUGAAUAGCUUUCUGUUCUGCCUUCUAGGCCAAACACAUUUUAGAGCACGUUUAGACCUUGUUGUUGUUGUUGUUGUUGUUGUUGUUGUAAGAAAUAAUAUCUCUGUGUGAUGUUUUCUUAUCUUUGUCCCAGAUAAUAUUUUUUGGGGAUAUAAUUAAUUUUCUACAGUGUUUUUUCUCAGAACAGUAGUCUGUGUUUUUAUGCAAACGUUUUGAUUUUAUAGCGCUGCGCUCCCACACAGACACAAACAGGGCCUCUGAAUGAACAUCAGUAGACAUGGUGAAAUAGAACAGGAUCACUAGUUAGUUACUAAUGUUUAAUUAAAAGCACAUUUGCUAAUUUGCUAGGAGUGCAGUGACGUAGGGUUAAUUAAUCAAAUGCAUUAUAGUAAUGUACUGUGUGUAAUAGAGUGGGAGACCGGGUUGUGGUUCCGGCUGCAGAUCUGUGCACGCGACCAAUAAACGUUGAUUUGAUUUGA